CUUUAUAACGCCGAUCUGCGUCUUUGUGUCGAGACGCAAACUUGAGUAGGGAAGCAUCUGUGCUUAUUAUAAAAGGCCGAUCUCGGAGGAAACCUUUCAAGGCUAAAAGCGAAAGUUUGGGGGCAGCAGACUCGUCUUCGUUUGAGAUGAAUCAUGUGAAGAAGUUUCAGAGUAUUCCCAUGUCAAAGUCAAUGAGGGGUCUGUGCAAAGAAGAAGACUACGCCUUUCUGGGAACGUCAAAAAACACGAGCGAAGACGCCGGAGAAAGGCGGGACACUUUGGAGGAUGAAUUGCUCAGUAAAAAGGAAGAGCGGGUCCUGAGGCGGUUGGAAUGGGAGAAACAGGAAAAUGACAGACUCAGAGCAAUAGAGGAAAGUAAGAAGGAAAAAGAGCGACAGUGGCGGAUUCAUAUAGCGGAGCUUACCUCCAGUCAGGAAAAAGCUCUCCAAGACAGACUGGAAAGACUCCGGAGAUUCAGGGAGUUCCAGAGGAAGGUGUUGGGGGACGAGGAGGGGAUGGAGGUCCAGGUCCUCACCAGGAUGUAGAAGCUCCACAGGACCCCUCAUUUACCGUUGUAACCAUCAUAUUAGCUACAGCAUAAACAAUGGAUGUAAUCCCUAAAGAGACACUAUUUCAACAGCUUUUCACAUAGAAAAAAGCAUUGAUUUAUGCUGUUGUGACUUGUUCAAUUGCUCAGAGUAAUGGUAUAUUAAAACGUAUUUAUUUAAAAUGGUAAUUAACUAACUGAUGGGUUUAAUUUCUCAGCACAACGCACUUUAAGGCAGACAAUAUGAAAUAUUCAUUGAAGUGGAGCAUUUUGAAAAGCUUGGGAAUCGAACUGGUAGAAAGGUUAAAACAAAUGUUUCGAAACAACAGAUUUUAAAAAAUCUUGUUGGCUAAACCUGUACAAUUUAUAUGGUCUACAUUUCCAUUUGGAUUCGAUAAAAGUAUUAAUUUAAUGUAAAUAUUCAGUCAUUUAAAUCCAUUCAAGUCAAAAAUCAAAGACAUAUACAGAGCUGUACAAACAUGAAAAAUAUAUAUACUACUAUAUACUAUAUACUUUAUUCAUUCAU